GAAGGGUGAAAUUCAAGUUUCCACCAAGUGUGUUGCUCUAUAUAAAGGGACAUAAGUUGCUUCAGCUCUCCUCACCCUCAUUGUUUAGUAGCAUCACAAGCUAAACAAAUGGCUCUCAGAACUACGUUGUCUUCUUUUCUUUUUCUAUUCUCACUACUCAUCAGUUUUGCUGCAAUCGCUACAUCUAACCAGUGCCGGUACGUAGUGAGAGUGAAGACAGGAGAUCGCAAAAAUGCAGGAACGGACUCCGUCAUCAGCCUAAAGUUAUCCUCUUUUGGAAGUAGCUUUACCAUUAACAACCUCCAAAAUUGGGGCGUCAUGGGACCUGGUCAUGACUAUUUCGAGCGAGGCAACCUCGACGUCUUCAGUGGCAAUGGCCCUUGCCUCCGUGUUUGUGGCAUCACCGUCACCUCCAACGGCGAAGGGAACAAGCCGGGAUGGUACUUGGAUUACGUGGAUGUUACCUCCGCUGGGCCCAAGGUAGCAUUCCCUGUGAACCAGUGGCUAGCUCUUGAUGAAUGGCCACAUCAUCUCUAUGCCAACGUCAACUUAUGCUCUGGCGCCAAGCUGGACUCCAAAGGGAAGCAUUAGAUCUCGAAUCUUGAAUUUGAGCCGCACUACAAUCUUUACUAUGUGACCAUGCUUAAGUGACAAAAUCUUAAAAUGUAAUAUUUGGCUUUUGCUGGUGUGUUGAGUGUUCCGUAGUGUACGUUCGUGUGUCCCUUCGUUUCAAUAAUAAUGCGGCUUCAUGGUGUAAA